AUGUGCAAGUGCACAUUUCGAAUUAGUCAUUUAAAAUUUAUUGUUCAUCAACAUUUAGCAGACUAUGGGUGGAAUGUUAUUGAGCUUCUGUUUCCUGCUUCCACUGUUGCAGAGUCUACAAAAAACACUUGGCUCGAUUAUCUCGUUCUGUCCAUUAACGAUGCUUUUUGCAAGGUGAACUCGAAUUUGCCAAGAAAUUUUGGCCAGAAAUUGUCGAGGAACUCGGAAAUUUUUCCACAAAACUUGAAUGAUCUGAUCUUAUCUCAAUCUGCAAAAAGCCUGGUUAGGUCCUUUGAAGAGCGAGAGGAACGGUUCAGCAGUACUGCUUUAACUUGUUCGCAGAAGCGUUGCAAUAACACCGGUAGUACGGUGUCUAAAAUGGUGCUGUCUCAAAGGCCACUGCAAGUAAGGUCACCGUACUAUAGUGGGUAUCAGAGGACGUCAUUUGAUGAUCUUUAUGCGAACUGUCAAUCACUUGGCAUACGUCAACAUUUUGGACAGUUUCGAAGUGUACCCCAGUUUGGUGCAUGCACUGCUAGUGAAAAAGCUUAUUAUAAUAAUUGUGAAACUUUGGGUUAUAAGAAAGUUGACGAAAAUAUGAAAAGUUUUCGAGGAAGUUUACGUCAGAUGCGAAGUUCCGUCGCGUCAUUUGGCUUGCACCGAGCAUAUUUUGCUCACUGCUGUGCAUUGGAUUAUGUUCCUUUGUGGUUGAAAUCGUUACGUCUACACAAGUAUACUGAUCUUCUGGCAUCGAUGACUUAUGAUGAAAUGAUGAAACUUGAUGAGGAAAAGUUGGAGUUUUUGGGCGUUACAAAAGGAGCACGUAAAAAGCUUGUCCAAAGCAUUGAAAAACUUUGUGAGCGUGUGCCCCUGCUGCUGAAAAUGGAAAAGCGCCUUGAGGAAGGUAUUGAUUUCGGCCAUCUCUCUUGUUUGAUCGCUGAGCUUCGAGGGAUUAUGAAUACACCUAUUCGCGGUUUUCCCCCUCCAGGGUAUAAUAACAAGAAUGUUACGACAGCACAAAUUGAGGGUUUUGACGUUUCACCUGAGAAGCUCGAUGAGGAGAAUUUGCCUGGACAUCUUAUUCGCGUUGUUGGCAGGGUUCAAGCAAUACUUACGGCACCAAAUGCUCCUUCACUCAGUGAAGACUGUUAUGCAUGGCUUUUGCAGACAUAUGACAGAAUUGCAAUAAAUGAGGCGUUUACACCUACACAAAAGGCCCGAGCGGCGACUUGGAAAAAAUCUUUCAAGAAGGUGUGUAGUCCGUCUGUGACGCGCCGGAACAUGCGAAAGCCGAAUGCGAGUGUUCUUCUUUCUGCUGGUAGCGGUGGUAAUUCACUGAAUAGUGUUAGCGGCAUGCAACCUGCACGGCCAUUUCUGGACGGACAGCGAAGACGAAAUGAGCACGGUCAGAAUCGAAAGUCAAAUCAAAACAGGUUUCACGUACACGAUAUCCAGCUAACUCACCAGCCGAAGCAGUUUCAGACGUCCGUUGCAGUAAAUUCCCAAACGGUCAUUCAAAACACUCUAAAUUCUUUCGUGCAGGCAGUUUCGAGUUCUAAUUUACAGCAGACAGCAACUUUUUACUUAGCAUCGGUGGCAAAACUUACUCCAGAAAUGGCUGAGAAGCUUGACGAAAUGUUGACAAGCGGCACUGGGUCUCAGCUACAGCGAAAAACAGCGACUUGCGGUCUGAAAAAAACUGCAUGCACUGGCAACACUGUGGCACGUUCGCCGUUGAAGUUUGCUGUGCAAGAAGGAAGCAAUCAAAAUGGGCUCAAUGUUGAAGCGUAUAAAGCCCGGUAUUUGAAUAGUGUUGCUAAUCGGAGAUGUAACUGGUCUAUUUGCGGAGGCGUAGGAAAGCAGCACAGUCACGCAGGCUCCCCCGCAUCUCACAGCGUUUCAGAAUUGUCCCGCUUUAAUCCUCAUCACGAUCUUUCUUUCCCGACUCGGAACAUGAACACUAUGUUGGGUAUCUCAAUUAAUUCAACUUGUGCGUCUUCCCCGAAGAAAGCAGCUGCUACACAGGAAGAAAGUUCCUCAUAUUCUGAUAACGGUUGCGGUUGUAGUCAAAUUAUGGGUCUAGCAAGCUGGUCGAAAACCCCUUGCUGCAAUAGCGAACAGGGGGUUUGUGAACAAAUGUCGAGUAGUUUUUGUGGCGAAGUCACACCUUUUCGACCGAGCGUUUUGAAAACGUUAUUUCCGGUGUCUCCCGCUCAUAAAGGCUUGGUGCCUUCGGUUUGGUAUCGUGUGCCAUCGACUUCUUCCUUUUUCUCUCCCACGGAGUCGUUGUACGAGUCAAUUUCGACUUUAAAUACUGAGCACAGUAAUGCUCAAAAGAAUGGCCGGGCGGUGCGGCCGGAAAGGCUAUGUAGUGAUGAAUCGAGUCUCUUCGGCGGUAUGAAACAUUUUUCACCAGUUUAGAG